GUGGGAGGAGCCUCGGCCGCACCCUGACUCCGGCAUUGAACCAUGAGCCGCAUUUACGACGAUCAAACAUUAAGGAACAAGCCGGUCAUCCCGGAGCGGCUCCCGGGCCGCUGGGAACCGGAGGCGCUGCAGCGGGGCCCCGGGGCGGUGCUGGAAGGAGAGCUGCGCUCAGUGAGUCGCCAUCAAAUCAACUCGAGCGGGAGGAGCCCGGAACGUUACUUUAUUCUUUAUAUUCAACCGACAAGAAUUCACAAGCGAAAGUUUGAUUUGGAUGGGGUGGAGACAGAACCAAAUUUCAGUGAAACUAAAAAGGUCAACACUGGCUACUUGAUGUCUUCCUUCAAAGUGGAAGCAAAGGGACAAACAGAUAAGAUUUCAGUGGAAGAGCUGAAGAGGCUGAUUAAUAAACCAGAACUGGUGAGAAUCUCAGAGAAGCACACACCUGACCAGAGCUUGGCAUUUUGGAUCUUGGAGAGAGAGAUGGAAAACAUUGAGCUAGAGGUUGGAGAUGGAAUACGACUGAAAACCAGGGGGGACAGUCCUUUUAUUUGUUCACUGGCCAAAAUGGAUGCUGGAACUGUGACUAAAUGCAACUUUGCAGGAGAUGAAAAGGUGGGAGCUUCUUGGACUGACAAGGUAUUUGCUGCAAAGUCUAAAAAUGAGCAAGAAGCCAAAGCUAGCACCCAAGGAGAGGGAGCUGAAGAGGAUGAGUGGGGUGAUUGAGAUUCCAGAAAGUCAAUGAAAUGGAGAAGUGCCGGCACUUUUGGAGAUUAUUGAACAGGAUGAGAGGGUUGAGAACGAGGUGCUUUUCAUUCAGCUUCCUCUUUUGAUGAUCUCUAUUUUUAAGCUUUUGAACAAAACUUUACUGAAAAUAAAACCAAUACAUAACUUUA